CGCGCAGCUUCACUGUUUUGUUGACCGAUAGCUAAAUUAAAAGUAUGGACUCGUGUGAAAGUCAGGACUUGGAAAAGUUCUUGACGAACGUGGACCGUAUAAGUGAGCUGGUGAAGGAGCUGAACUCAGGUGAUGUGGUCACUCAGGAGAAAGCUGUGGAAAAGGCAGAUUGCUUGGUUGCCUCACUGGAAGAAGGAAAAACGAGCAAAAAUCGUAUCAACAGGACAGUUAUUAAUACCAGUCCCUUGUGUGUUGGUAGACAAGGGAAUGCAACUCAUAUGCCCAGUGAAAGUCCAGAGAAUUUUAUGAAAGCUUUAGAAAAGGAUGCAGAGAAGAGAAGAAAGAGGAGACAAGUGAAAGAGAAGGAAGCAAAUGCCUUUAAGGAAAAAGGAAACAAAGCAUUUGCCAUGGAAGACUAUGAAUUGGCUUGCAAGAUGUACACAGAAGGUUUAGAAAAGCUUCGUGAUAUGCCAGCCCUUUAUACAAACAGAGCUCAGGCCCUGAUCAAGCUGAAGAAGUAUAAGGAGGCUAUAAGUGACUGUGAAUGGGCCCUGAAGUGCAGUGAUAAGUGUAUUAAGGCAUAUGUCCACAUGGGCAGAGCACAUCUAGGACUGAAAAAUUUUACCGAGUCUAGGCUGUGUUAUAAAAAGAUAUUGGAUAUUGUGCCGGAACGUGAAACCCUUGUGAAAGAUUAUCUGACACAAGUGGAUUUGGAAGAGAAAAAGGCCCUUCAGGAAGAAACAGCACUCAGGGAGUUGAACGAUGGAAAAAAAGAAGCCAGGGCCAUUCUUGACUUGCUGACAAAGCUGGACAGGCCCAGUGAGCACAACCUAUAUUACUGUGGUGGAUUGGAGCUUCUUACACAAGCUGUUAAAGACAAUACCGGGCAGACUUUAUUCCGAUUAAACAAUGGCUUUAGUGUCAUCACUGGCAAUAAGGAUAUACAGAGCUGUCUUACGCAGACUUCUAAAGAGCUGCACAGCAUGGAUCUGUGUGUCGCUGUCCUCAGAUUAUGGAAAAAGGUUUGCAGUGGAAAUGAGGAAAAUCAACAGCUGUUACUGCAGUGUCUCAGCACAAGAGAACAGCUUGUCCUGUUGUUAACCUCAGCUACAUUAGCAAUCCAGCAGGAAUGUUUUACGCUAGUUUACAUGUACUGUCAGACCCAGCACGGAAGACGCUUGGUAAUUGAAAACCUCAAUUUGAUCAGAAUGGCAGAGAUCCUGAUGGACUGCAUAUGCAAAGGCGGCAAAUCAAGAACCAGGGCCCUCGGUAUUCUGGAGAACUUGGCUGGAGAAAAUAAGUUUCGGAUCCAGUCUCGAGAGAGCUUUACAAAGGUUUUUGCACCUCCUUUCGAGCAUUUGCUGGAUAAUGUUGCAGCAUCCAGCCAAGGCUUUCUGCCGUGCUUAAUUUCUGUGAUCGGGGCCAUGUCUGCGGAUGAAGUCAUUAUUAACAAGCUGGCGAGCCGUGAAGAGUUUUGGAAGAGCUCGUUCUCUGCCAUGGGGCGGUGUGCUAGCUGUGAAUACAGACGUAUUCUCUAUCCUCUCCUUGGUCUGAUGAUCAACAUAGCCUCUAAUCAAGCUUCAGUCAUUCAAGAGUAUGCUGUUGUGGGCUGUAAAAGAUGUGUGGCUCUGCUCAGUGAUCCUGAUGGUGGCAUCAUCACGAGAGCAGCUGGAUUGCUAAGUGUGAUCCUCCCAAAAUCAGCUGCUGCCACUGAAGAAGUUGUGAAGCAAGGUGUAGUAAAGAAACUGCUCAAGAUUCUCAAGGUUGAAGGGCAGACAAGCUCAAGAUACUCAAUUAAAGCUAUGGCAGUGUGCACUGCCUCCAGCCAGCAGGCCUGUGAAGAACUACUGAGGCUUGACAAGAGGCUGGUGACCAUGAGGAAGCUCCUGGGCAGCAGUGAUGAGUUACUAGUAGGGAAUGCUGCUCUAUGUCUUGGACACUGUCUGGCGGUGCAGGGAGCCGCAACCAGUCUCUUGGGCACAGAUUGCGUGAUGCUCCUGCUGCGGCAUGCAGCUGGAAAAUCUAAGCGAGUUGACGUUCAGAAGAACGCUGCCAUCACACUGGGAAAACUGUGCAGAGUUGAGCCCAGGCACACAGAGAGGCUCAGGGAGCUCAAUGGUCUGGAGAUCCUUCACUCUUGUAUGAAAUUGUGUCAGGAAACAGGGGGUGUCUUUACAGGAGCAGAUUAAGAGCCAAAGUGGGGAUAACAUAUAAAGUUGCUUUAUUAGGAAUAAUAACAACGGCUACAAACACUAGGAACCACAAAACACGAAAAAACAACUUUAGAUCACAAAACAGGAACUAAACAAAUCAUGGAAACCAAAACAGAAACAGAGACAGAAUUACUACAAAAACAAAAACAAUAAACGAAGACAAGGACUCCAGAAACCAGAUGCAAGUCCACAGGAUUAAAUUGGAAAUGUAAUUAGGAAGACAUGAGGGACAGGUGUGCAGUGGUGGGACCAGAUUAAGGAUCGGGAGGGGAAAACACAUGUGAUUGUCAGGAUACAGCCCGGACUUUGGCCACGUGCUUUUGUUUAUGUUCGGUGUUCACGUGUCUGAACAUAAACAAACAUGUUGCCUUUAGUCAAAUCCUUGUCGUCUUAUGUCUUCUUAUGUUGUCUUGUCUCUAGUCUGUGUUCCUGUUCUGUGUUUUUAGUUAAUAAAUCCUGUUUAUUUUUUACGCUAUCCUGCAUUUGGGUCUGUUUUUAUCCCCGCAUUGCUGACAGUGAUACAUAAAACUAACACAAAGACACAUGGCACAGAUAACCAAAAACCUGCCAGAAUGUCCCCUUAGUGUCUAGGCAGG